AUGUCAGACCUUCGCUCUCCAACAGCCACGGCCACCUCGAUCCACCCGGCUCUGACACCAACCCUCACUACCCAUUCCCUUACUAAGCCCGCAAGCAAUUCACCUGCCAGUCUCCGAUCUCCACCUCCGACCUUGACUUCCAUAAAUGAAGCUGCAUCCCCCGAGCCAGCUGCUGCCCAGCAAUCAUCACAACCAGAUGGAGUGACCGGAACUCCGAGCAUUGGAGAGGCUCUCCAGAAAACGACUUCGCCAACCAUCAACAAUGCUUCAUCAAACGGCCUCCUCUCACCUUCGACAGGUCUGAAACCGGGGACCGACUCGACAUCCUUACCCUCAUCACCCGCGUUCGCGCCCAAACUGGCACACAACUUCCACGGCCAUAAGAAGAACGCCCUGUCGGUGGAGUCAAUCCCAAGACAAACUAUUAUGAAAGCAUUGGCAUCUGCAAAGAGAGAUCACAACCCACAUAACCUGUCUCUAGCCUCUUCUCUGAACGGAAUGGUCGCCUCAAGCAUGGAGAAUAGACCGGCAACGGCUACGUCGCAGAAGCUCUCUGCAGCUCUAUCAGAUCUCGCUGGCCGAAAUGGUGGUUCACCAAACGACGCUCGGUUUGCCUCUUUACAAUCACCAUGCUUCUACCAUGAGCGUUUCGAUGACGCGGUGAAUAUUGAUAGAGUUUUGGAGGAGAUCCAGGCGGAUGGAUUUAUGUCGCAUUCCCGUCUUAUGCAGACCGCAACUGGAGUUAGGGAAGUAUCGAAACAACUUCAACGUCGGCCAAUCAAGAGGGCCGUACGAAAUGUCAUGAUUGUCACCAAAGCCAGGGACAAUCAAUUGGUCAACUUGACCAAAGAUCUUGCAGUAUGGCUCAUGAGCACUCCACGAUAUGGAUCUGAUCUUGGCGUCAAUGUAUAUGUGGAUGCAAAGCUCCGAAAUUCGAAACGUUUUGGUGCAGCUGCAUUAUUGGACGUCCAACCCAGAUUUCAACAUCUCUUGAAAUAUUGGUCACCGGAUCUUUGCUGGAGUCAACCGGAGAAAUUCGACUUGGUCCUCACUCUUGGGGGUGAUGGAACCGUGCUUUUUACAUCUUGGCUGUUUCAACGUAUUGUUCCUCCGAUUUUGUCCUUUUCCCUCGGAAGUUUGGGUUUCUUGACAAAUUUCGAGUAUGAUCGAUUCAAGGAGCACCUAGAUAAGGUUAUGGGAGAUGAGGGAAUGCGUGUUAAUCUUCGUAUGCGAUUCACCUGUACCGUCUACCGUGAUGGACGUGGAGAGGAUUUGGAAGAAGGAGAGCAAUUCGAAGUUCUCAACGAGCUCGUCAUUGACCGUGGACCUUCACCAUACGUCUCCAACCUUGAGCUCUAUGGAGAUAAUGAGCUUCUCACUGUCGUCCAAGCUGACGGCUGUAUCUUCUCCACACCUACAGGAUCCACCGCAUACUCAUUAUCAGCUGGUGGUUCGCUAGUACAUCCAGAUAUUCCCGCCAUCCUUCUUACACCUAUCUGCCCUCACACCCUAUCCUUCCGACCAAUGGUGCUUUCAGACACCAUGCUUCUUCGCGUCUCUAUCCCUCGCAGUUCCCGUGCCACAGCAUAUUGUUCCUUUGACGGUAAAGGACGUGUUGAGCUCAAGCAAGGUGAUUGCGUCACCAUCGCCGCCUCACAAUAUCCCUUCCCAACCGUCACUCGAACCGGCACCGAUUGGUUCAACAGUGUCUCUCAAACCCUCCGCUGGAAUACCCGCGCAGCCAUGCAAAAGGGCUGGGACGGCGCGGAAGAAAAUAAGGAAGAAGAAGUCGAGUGGGACAUCGAUACCGACUCGGCUUGUUAUGGAAGUGAAGAUAAUAGCAUCAGCGCUAGUCCCUUACGACGACAGAUGAGCAUGCUUGGCUUGUAG